UUAAAAUCAUUAUUACGCGUAAAUAAUUUCAAAAAAUGGAAAGGAAGUAAAAACGUAUUCUUAUCAGCGAAACAGCUGAUUAUCCACGAGAGGACGGAGCGAAAUGGAAUGUGUCUCCUUUGAAAAAUAACUAUUUGUGCUUCAUUGAAAUCUUCAGUGGAAUUAUAAUUAAUGAAGCUUCACCGUAUCCCGUGAUAAAUUCAGUCAUGACGGAGAAAUGUCGAUUAUGCGGAGAGGAGAGCAACAAUUUAUCCCCCAUUUUCAGCGGUAAAUUGAAUAUCGCUGGAAAAAUGGUCACAUGUCUUCCUAUUAAAAUAGUGGGGAAUAACGACUCGUCUCAACAAAUCUGUGAUUCCUGCGGCAAUAUCGUAGACAUUUGUUACAAAAUGAUAUUCAAGUCAAUGGAGAUUGACUCGGAAUUUAGAAAUGGUGUAAUUAAGAAUUUAGAAAACCAAAGGUUGAAUAUCAAUGAUCUGGACAAUGGAAAGAUGGACCCGCAGGUUUUGCUGAUCUCACACAAUAAAAAUCAUGGGAAUGCUGAAAAAGUUGUUGUUGUUAAUAACGAGGAGGAGAGGAUGGAGAUUGAUGUGGAGCCGCAUGCUCUUGUGACUCAGGACAGAUUUUUCGAUGAGGAUAUUAAGAUUUACUGUUACUCAGAGGACAAGACUGACGUCAGGACUGGUAUCCUCAGAGAUUUGCUGUCCCAAAGGUCCCAGAGGAGGACGGUACUGACUGAACACUCGUACGCAUCGUCGCCGGCGUUAUUUUCACCGGUGCCUGACGAGAAAGUCAAUAUGAACAAUCAAAACGUAAAGGUGAAUCCCAAAAGAAAUUUACCUGUCUUAAGGGACCACAAUUACUUUAAGAUGAAGGACUCCCGGCUCAUCGAUUACUACGAGAAAUUUCAUCCUCAUGACAUGGCUGUGGACCACGACUAUUACGACAGAAAUUUCGAGCAUAAGAGAAAGACCUGCAUGGACGCGUUUCCCUGCAGACUUUACUCGAAAGGUUUUUCUCCAGUUAUACCCUUGGAGACAAAUCCAGUCAUCGAGGAAUCCGUUGAGUCUGAUCCCUGGGAUCUCUGCACUGAUAUUCGGACCUCAAUUCCUGAUUAUUCAGAAUGGACAGAGAAUCAGAGACAGAAUUUUUUAUAUGUUAAGUGCAAGGAGAAUUUAUAAGGAGAAUGAGAACACCAGAGCAAGAUAUAUUGGAAUGGACCCACUGGAGAAAUCUCAUGCAGCAUCAGAACAUUUUUUUUUUUUUGGAAAGGACAAUUUCCAAAAAUUUUAAUCAGAAACACAGAAUAUUUUUACGUCGAACUGUUUACGAGGAAAACUUUCGACGUCUUCACUAUUUAACAAUCGAAUUGCAGAAAUUAACUUAUAGCAACAUCGAGUAACGUUCCAUGUGAAUAAUCCAGUGGAAAUGUGUAGACGCUAAAAGUUCAUUCAUAUCGCUGGAUCGUGUGUUAAUAAAGUUAUUAAAAAACCCA